UUAAUCAUGGCAAGGUUUUCAAGUAUGAUGAAAUUAGUUUCUCUUCUGUGUUUAAUCUUUGUAGCACCAUUGGCAGCUUCUGCUACCAUUGUCCGAUACAAAUUCAAUGUUGAAACUCAGAGCGUGACAAGAUUGUGUAACACCAAGACGAUGUUAACAGUGAAUGGGCAGUAUCCAGGCCCAACUAUAUACGUUCAUGAAGGCGAUAAUCUAAUUGUAGAAGUGAACAAUAACGGGCCAUAUAAUGUCACCCUGCAUUGGCAUGGAGUAAGGCAGCUGAAAUCCUGCUGGGCAGAUGGACCAGCCUACAUAACGCAGUGCCCCAUUACACCUGGCAAUAAAUUCAUUCACAAUUUUACAAUCACGGGACAGGAAGGAACGUUAUGGUGGCAUGCACAUAUCACAUAUCUGAGAGCUACUGUGCAUGGAGCACUGGUUAUUUUGCCCCGGGCUGGAAAGGACUAUCCCUUUCCAAAACCAGAUGCUGAGAUUCCUAUUAUUUUAGGCGAGUGGUGGAAUGCGAAUGUGGAAGAUGUGCUGGCUGAUGCCGUUCGAACAGGAGGUGUACCAAAUGAUUCUGAUGCAUACACCAUCAAUGGCCAACCAGGAGACUUUUACCCUUGCUCUAAAAAUGACACGACGAGGAUUUUGGUUGAACAUGGAAAAACGUACCUACUGAGGAUUGUAAGCGCUGCCGUGGUGAUUCCACACUUUUUUAAAAUUGCCCAACACACAAUGACAGUUGUAGGGGUAGAUGGUGUCUAUACCAAACCAUAUACAACUGAUGUGCUUGUCAUGCAUCCUGGUAACACCAUGGAUGUUCUCAUAACAGCUAAGCAAGUCUCAGGGCUCUACUACAUUGCCAUCCGUGCAUACAACACUGAUCCUACAAGUAAUGGCUUCUUAACAACCACAACCUCUGCCAUAUUGCAAUACAAGUGUAGCAGCAAUACCUCUGACCCUGUGUUGCCCAGUCUUCCAGGAUAUAAUGACACAACAACUGCUUUCAAAUUCAAGACAAGCCUGAGAAACUUGAAGCCCUCGGUCCCAAAGACAGUUGACGAGGAAAUGUUUAUAACAGAGGGUGUUGGAGUCGUGAGUUGUCCCAACAAUUCAUGUGCAGGUUACAAUGGCGGAAGAGUUGUUGGAAGCUUUAAUAACGUUUCCCUCAUAAUGCCAGAUAUUGCUAUUUUACAGGCUUAUUAUUUUGGUAUAAAAGGAGUGUUCACAAGAGACUUUCCUAAUAAUCCUUCACUGGCAUAUGAUUACACCGGUAAUGUGCCAUUGGGUCUUUGGCAACCCGAGUUGGCCACAAAAGUGAAAGUUCUGAAAUUCAAUAGUAAUGUGCAAAUAGUGUUUCAAGACACUGCAAUUGUUGCCAUAGAGGAACAUCCGAUCCACCUUCAUGGUCAUAAUUUUUAUGUUGUGGGGCAAGGCUUUGGGAACUACAAUCCCAAGACAGAUCCUCCAAGUUUUAAUUUGGUGGAUCCUGUGAUGAUGAACACUUUGGGAGUUCCUGCAGGAGGGUGGGCUGCCAUUAGAUUUACAGCCAACAAUCCAGGAGUGUGGCUGAUGCAUUGCCAUCUUGAAUCUCAUUCCGCAUUUGGUUUUGCCAUGGUAUUUAUUACGAAGAAUGGGCCAAGCAAAUCAGAUAAAUUGCCUUCUCCUCCUCCUGAUCUGCCCAAAUGCUAGAUAAAUCCAAUUUGCAUUUAUUCCAUAGCCUUUUAUAACAUACCUGGUUUCAAAUUAAAGUUUGAUUAGUGAUGAUGUACAGUUCUAUUGGAUCCCUCACAAAUAUUUAUGUUUAAUUUGUUGAGAAUAAGCAAGCUGUGUUCGAGCUUGUCAGAUGUAGAGUCCUGGCAAUCUAUAAUUGGGAAUAAGCAAUUUGUUUGGU